AUGUCGAAAACCCUCUCUCAACUAUGGUCACAAAGUUUCAAUGUAUGGAAAAGUUUUUCGUUUAUUGCUAGAACUUGUCAUAGAAUGAUAAGAGGAAUGAUGAAAUGCAGUUGGAAAGCAACAGCAACACAAGCAGUACCAACGCUUUCGGCACUAAAUGUCGUCUUCAAUGAACUGGAAAUAAAAGCUGUAGAGAUUUAUCGGUCGUUGGGGUUGCUUUAA